GGUAUGGGUGACUUCCAUCUCCCCCAGGUAAUAGGUAUGGGUGACUUCCAUCUCCCCCAGGUAAUGGGUAUGGCUGACUUCCAUCUCCCCCAGGUAAUGGGUAUGGGUGACUUCCAUCUCCCCCAGGUAAUGGGUAUGGCUGACUUCCAUCUCCCCCAGGUAAUGGGUAUGGGUGACUUCCAUCUCCCCCAGGUAAUGGGUAUAGGUGACUUCCAUCUCCCCCAGGUAAUGGGUAUGGGUGACUUCCAUCUCCCCCAGGUAAUGGGUAUGGGUGACUUCCAUCUCCCCGAGGUAAUGGGCGAGGGUGACUUCCAUCUCCCCGAGGUAAUGGGUAUGGGUGACUUCCAUCUCCUCGAGGUAAUGGGUAUGGGUGACUUCCAUCUCCCCGAGGUAAUGGGUAUGGGUGACUUCCAUCUCCCUGAGGUAAUGGGUAUUGGUGACUUCCAUCUCCCUGAGGUAAUGGGUAUGGGUGACUUCCAUCUCCCCGAGGUAAUGGGUAUGGGUGACUUUCAUCUCCCCGAGGUAAUGGGUAUGGGUGACUUCCAUCUCCCCGAGGUAAUGGGUAUGUGUGACUUCCAUCUCCCCGAGUUAAUGGGCGCGGGUUACUUCCAUCUCCCCCAGGUAAUGGGUAUGGAUGACUUCAAUCUCCCCGAGGUAAUUGGUAUGGGUGACUUCCAUCUCUCCGAGGUAAUGUGCAUGGGUGGCUUCUUUCUCCCUGAGGUAAUGGGCGCGGGUUAUUUUCAUCUCCCCGAGGUAAUGGGAAUGGGUGAAUCCUUCUCCCCGAGGUAAUGGGUAUGGGUGACUUCCAUCUCCCAGAGGUAAUGGGUAUGGGUGGCUUCCAUCUCCCCGAGGUAAUGGGUAUGGGUGACUUCCAUCUCCCCCAGGUAAUGGGUAUGGGUGACUUCCAUCUCCCCCAGGUAAUGGGUAUGGGUGACUUCCAUCUCCCCCAGGUAAUGGGUAUGGGUGACUUCCAUCUCCCCGAGGUAAUGGGUAUGGGUGACUUCCAUCUCCCGAGGUAAUGGGUAUGGGUGACUUCCAUCUCCCCCAGGUAAUGGGUAUGGGUGACUUCCAUCUCCCCGAGGUAAUGGGUAUGGGUGACUUCCAUCUCCCCGAGGUAAUGGGUAUGGGUGACUUCCAUCUGCCCGAGGUAAUGGGUAUGGGUGACUUCCAUCUCCCCGAGGUAAUGGGUAUGGGUGACUUCCAUCUCCCUGAGGAAAUGGGUAUGGGUGACUUCCAUCUCCCCGAGGUAAUGGGUAUGGGUGA